GAUUUGGGCUUACGAAAUGCACAUCUGCUGACCGAGGGACGACCGCGAUUAGACGAUGUCCAGCGGGCGUUCGGAUUCUCCUCCACAGUUCUCACUCGAUGUGUAAUUGGCGUCGUCCUUGUCUUUGCUAUCAUCAUACCAACAGCAGCUGUUAUUCCCGAGACACUAAAUUACCAAAUGUUUCAAGCCUGGCCCCUUACAAAUGCUAAUUUCGCCUUUCAGAUGCAUAUUCUACUCAUCUGGCUUGCGGGUUCCGCGAUUUUCUGCCUCUUUAUGCCCAUCCUCUUUGAGGUGGAGAAUAUUUAUUUGGCUUACAAACGCCGACAAGAGGCAGAUAGACCGGACAGCUUCAAGCCAGGACAGUCGGCUACCUUCACACAGGGUAUUGUGGAAAAAAUAAAAUCGACGUACACAACCAUCAUGACACGCAUCGGGGAGUUCGACAACGAGACUGGCCUUCUGGAAGCCGGAUAA